AGAAGAGCUAGGGUUUGGUCGAGAGGAGGCCGGCGGCCGAUCGAGCGAAGAUGAUCGAGGUGGUGCUCAACGACCGUCUGGGGAAGAAGGUGCGCGUCAAAUGCAACGAGGACGACACCAUCGGCGACCUCAAGAAGCUCGUGGCGGCGCAGACCGGGACCAGGCCCGAGAAGAUCCGCAUCCAGAAGUGGUACACCAUCUACAAGGACCACAUCACCCUCGGCGACUACGAGAUCCACGACGGAAUGGGACUCGAGCUCUACUACAACUAGCCGAUUCAAUCUCCCCAGCCCAUGUUGGUAUGCAUCCCCCUAGCCAUCCCUACGAUGAUGUCUUUGGUUGUGUUCCAGUCCCAGUGUGGUCAGAGUUCAUGUGUGAGCUAAAAAAGCUACUAGUACUAUGUAAGUAGUACAUGAUUGUACCCAUCAUGACUGUUGACAGCUUGAACUUUGUGUCCUAUUGUCACCCCGUGAAUGUAAUGCGCUGUUACUCUCAAGGCUAUAAAUAACGUAAACGGUGUUACUUGGAGUGUGAUAGUGGCUGCGCUACAUCAUGCUAUCA